AUGCCGCCGCCCGCACCGCCCACCGAACUCCUGCCGUCGGAGCGCGCCGUGGUGCUGCUGUCGUGCGCGCUAUCGGCGCUGGGCUCGGGCCUGUUGGUGGCCACGCACGCCCUCUGGCCCGACCUGCGCAGCCGGGCGCGGCGUCUGCUGCUCUUUCUGUCGCUGGCCGACUUGCUCUCGGCCGCCUCCUACUUCUACGGGGUGCUGCAGGACUUCUCGGGCCCCUCGUGGGACUGCGUGCUGCAAGGAGCGGUCUCCACCUUCGCCAACACGAGCUCCUUCUUCUGGACGGUGGCCAUCGCCCUCUACCUAUACCUCAGCAUCGUCCACGCCGCGCGGGGGCCGCGGACCGACCGCCUACUCUGGGCCUUCCACGCUGUCAGCUGGGGUGUCCCGCUGACCAUCACAGUGGCAGCUGUCUCCCUAAAGAAGAUCGGCUAUGAUGCCUCCGACGUGUCUGUGGGCUGGUGCUGGAUCGACCUGGAGGCCGAGGACCGCCUGCUGUGGAUGCUCUUGACCGGGAAGCUGUGGGAGAUGCUGGCGUACAUCCUGCUGCCCCUGCUGUACCUCCUGGUCAGGAAGCACAUCAACAGAGCGCGGGAGGCGCUCUCGGAGUACCGGCCCAUCCUCUGCGACACACACCAGCUGCAGCGCCGCUCCUCCUCCGUGGCCGACAAGAAGCUGGUCCUCAUCCCCCUCAUCUUCAUCUGCCUCCGCGUCUGGAGCACUGUGCGUUUCGUCCUGACCCUCUGUGGCUCCCCGGCCGUGCGGAUACCAGUGCUGGUCGUUCUGCAUGGAAUCGGCAACACCUUCCAGGGGGGAGCCAACUGCAUCAUGUUCGUGCUCUGCACCCGUGCGGUCCGCACGCGGCUCGUCUCCCUUUGCUGCUGCUGCUGCUCCCAGCCCUCCACCCAGAGCCCAGCCCGCCCUCCGGGGGCUUCUGUGCCCUCCAAGACCAGAGACGCUCAGGAACCCAGACAGACCCCAGAGGAGCCUCCCAGCACCUGAGCGUUAGCUUGUCCUUGCACUGUGUCCCUAUCCGGGAACAGGCAGCUUUGUGCAUCCCACUACAGGGACAGGGUGCAUUUCUGCUGCACCUGAAGCCCCCGUGGGUGAAGCUCUUGACCUGGUGAUCGAGCAGCCACCAGCUCAGCCUUUCUACCUCCUGAGCCUCAGGCAACACCUUCCCGGGCCUGUGUCCUGGUGCACCUGGGAUUCAUCUGUGUGAGCCCAGCAUGAAACUCGGAGCCAGUGAGGCGGGACCCUGUCAGGUGCCUCGGAGCCGGGGGCUCUCGGUGUUCUGAAGCCAUAUAGCACUGUUUACAGUUUGAGGGACCCAGAGGUGUGUCCCCUGCCCUGACAUCACAGGGCAGAUUCCUGGCUUGUCAGGUGUUGGGAUCCCCUGAAGAGCCCAGCUUUUCUUGGAUAACACUGCUGGUCAGCAGAGGGGCAGUUCCCUUUAACCAGGUCCCCUGAGGUCACCUGUGACUGCCACAAAUGAGCACAGCCCAGCACAGCCACUCAGGGACAGUCCCCUGGGUGCUUCCUGGAUUCUCUCUUGUUUUGCAUUACUGGGCUUGAACCCAGGGCCUUGGACAUGCUCCAUAAGCACUCUACACUGAGCUACCUCCCGGGCCUUUUUAUUUUGAGACAGAGACUCCCUAAGUUACCCAGGCUGGCUACAAACUUGUGAUCCUCCUGCCUCAGCCUCUGAAUAACUGGGAGUACAGGCCAGCGCCACCACAGGGGCCCUGGGUUUCCUCUCUGUGGACUGUCCGCCCUUCAUGUGGACUGUGUUUUAAGUUUUAGCACAGGCCAGAUCCAGAGUCCUCCCCCUGCUGGUCAGUCACAUAAACUACAUGUCCCCUCCUCCAGUGCCAAGGCAGAGGCGUCCAGGGGAACCCUGAGGACCGCACUCUCUUUCCCGGUAUUUUCACCUAAUGCCCUCGGUCUUGGGGUGGCUAGAAGUGAGGGUGGGUAGGGAGAGGGCCUGGUUUGCUCACAUCCCAGCCUGCGUUUUUGGAGGAAAGAUGCUCAGAGAGUAGAUGACCCACAUGCUGUUUCCUCCUGGAAGGUGAAGGCUUUCAGAUUCAGCCUCAGCUAGGGGCAGAGCUCAGAGGUGGAGUGUGUGCUGGGCAUGGACAAGGAUGACCAUUUGGUCCCUGGCACCAAAAAAAAAAAAAAAAAAAGAUUGAGG